GAGGGCGUCGUGUCCCGCAUCGAUUCCAUAGACCUGACCCCGCCCGCGGACACCUCGCUCGUCAUCCAGAUCGACGCGGCGAUCAACCCGGGCAGCAGCGGAGGGCCCGUGCUCAACGCGGGCGGCCUCGUGGCCGGGGUGGCCUUCUGCAAG